AUGGGAAGGAAUCAAACAGAGAUCAACAUCAGAGAAUUUAUCCUAAUUGGAUUUGAGAUAUCUCGCACCUUUAAAACGUUGCUAUUUAUUGUUUUUUUGACAUCAUACGUAUUUACAAUUUCAGGGAACAUCCUAAUUAUAAUUUUGGUGUCAACAUGUAAACAGCUCAGCAAUCCAAUGUAUUUUUUCCUUGGGAAUUUGUCUUUAUGUGAAAUACUUUUAACCACAAAUAUUGUCCCUAACAUGUUACAUUUAUUAGUGGUGGACCAAGGAAUUAUUUCACUUGAUAAAUGCCUUUUACAGUUUUACUUCUUUGGAACUGCUGCAACUACUGAAUGUCUUCUUCUUGCUGUAAUGUCCUAUGACCGCUACUUGGCCAUCUGCCGCCCUUUGCAUUAUACCUCCAUAAUGGACGAAAGGCUUUGCUAUUGGCUUGCACUAAUCGUGUGGGUGAUUGGCCUACUGGCAACAGUUGGGACAAUUAUACUUAUGAGCAAACUGCAAUUCUGUGAUGCUAAUAUAAUUAAUCAUUACUACUGUGACCGGGAACCAAUCUUAAGCCUGUCUUGUUCAGAAACAAGUGAAGUUAGACUUUGUGCGCUUGUUUUUUCAUUUGUGAUAACACUCUGGCCAUUUGUGGUUAUUACUUGGUCUUAUGUCUCUAUUAUCCUUACCAUUCUCAGAAUGACUACAUCCAAUGAGAGGUAUAAAACAUUUUCCACAUGUAGUUCCCAUCUGACAGUAGUUUGUAUGUACUAUGGGACAUUAAUUAUCAUGUAUGUGGUGCCUUCCAAUGAGCAAUCAUUUAACAUUAACAAACUGUUGUCUUUAUUGUAUAUUGUAGUCACCCCAUUACUUAACCCCAUCAUAUACAGUUUGAGAAACCAGGACCUAAGAAACUCAGUAAAGCAGUGCAUUCGUAAGAUGUCAUUAUGUCAAAAUAGUUGA